GUGUGAUUUCCGCUCUCAGCGAGGGGGUGAUUUCCGCCCUCAGUGCGGUGUAAUUUCCGCCCUCAGUGCGGAUGUGAUUUCCGCCCUCAGCGGGGGUGAUUUCCGCCCUCAGUGCGGAUGUGAUUUCCGCCCUCAGUGCGGAUGUGAUUUCCACUGUACAGCUGCCUCCUGCUGUGUUUAUCCAUCCACUGGCUGGCGGACGUGAGGGCUGGUUGUGGUUUUGUCUGUUUUGAAUACAGUGGGAGAAGUGUGCCUGCCGUUCAGCCCUCGGCACCCAUAAGCCGAGUAAUCACCAGGCACCAAGUGUGUCGCCAGGAACCUCGGCUUUGAGGGGCUGCUUCCUCCUGUUGAGCUGGAAUGUGUCUCCCUUCACGCUGGCUCAGUGGCCCCAGUCCAGCCUUGGGGGAAAUGCACGCUGGGGAAAAGCCCUGCAGACGCCCAAGGCAGCCAGCAGGUCCCCCAGGCUCAGCCUCCUCCUCCUGCAGCUCCUAGUCCCGAGGCUUGGUUUCCAGGCUCCAGAAGGCCCCUGGGUGAGAUGCCCUCAUCUCAAACCACUGGGCAGGAAACGGCCGCUUUGGCCUCAGCAGCUUCGGCCACUGCUUUUCUCAGAGUGGCUUCCCAGCAUCCCAGGGGCAGGCUCCCCCUCUGAGCAGUGACCAAGGAGGACAGGACCCUGGGCUGAUGUCUUGGUCAGGAUGGCAAAGGACAAUGAGAAACAGCUUCAGGGAAAUUUUUAAAAAGACCCGGUACUGAGGCGCAGAGAGACUUAUUUUUGAUAGGGAACUAAGCCUUCUUGCUCAGCAGUGCUCGGGAAAUUCCAGCCACUCAGGGAGGACCGGGCACGGGUACUGAGAAGUGCAGGGGGUUCUGAUAGUGGGACAGCGGGAAAGGCUUUUGGUAAACAAUAGCAGAGAGUUGAUUAUCAGGAUAAUCCGUCAGCAGCAGGUGGGUGUGACAGGUCCAGGUCUGCAGGCCGGGAGGAGCAGGAGGAGAACCUGCAGGACCUGACCGAGGCCGCCACACACAGGCUCCAUCUGAGCACGAGGCAGGUGGCUGGCAGGAGGCGGAUGCCCCUUACAGGGGCUGGCACAGCAGAGUGGCAUGGGGGGGGCCAGGUGGCAGCAGGGGGUCCCACAGCCCUGGGUGGGCAGCAAGUGGAGGGGAUGCAGCGUGGAGCUAGGGCAGGCCACGGGCAUCCUGGCAGCAAGCCCCUGGCCAUCUUCCUCAUGGGUGAAUUUUUCUCCUCUGCCCUCUCCUGUUGAUCUUUCUGGUUUUCUUGUUGAGGUUACUCAGUUCAGGAAACUGAGCUGGGGGCUCCCAGGACUCAGCAGACCGUGUGUUUCUAGGAAACAGCUGGGGGUAGCUGGUGAAGGGCUGUCAGUGAGGCCAGGGGCCAACCCCAUGGAUGCUCAGGGCCCCCCCAGGGUAAAUGCCAUCUGGAGCUCACACAGCAAAAUCACAUUCACUGCACCAGGAGCCCAUUUAGAUGGAGAAGCUCUGUCAUCAUCAGGGUCUUCUCAAGUAAUGAGAGCCAAGCUACGGGGCUCUAUACUGUGGAAAAACAAUAAUGAAGGUUGGGGUGACAAUAAUGCACAGCGGUCUAGCGCUGUGCCAGGCUGGGGCUGGCAUCUUAUGGGGUUAUUUCAUUCAUCCUUGCCAGCAUUUGGGGUGGCCGAGACCCCAUUUUACAGAUGUGCAAGUUGCAGGUCGUAGAGCGUUUGCAGGAGGGUGUGUGUCCGUGCCAGGCAGAGACGCAGGGAUCCAGACUGCUUCCUUUCACUCUGGAAUCCACGGUCGUUCCCACUGUGCGUACUGAGCUCAAGGGUCCAGUGAGUGACUCAUCCUCAAGUCCUGAACCAGCUGGGACAGCGAAGAGUGAGGGACUGGCAGAUGGAAAGGCCGGCCACACCGGCCUCUGCAGAGCAUGGCUCAGGCGUGUGAUCACCGCGGGCCCCCUGACACCACGCCUCAGAAGUGCCCACCUCGACACGAGUAGCACUAGCGGCCACAGGCCACCUCCUCUGCAGACAGAGCCCAGGAGGACCCAUCAUGGAGAGGGGGCCUGAGCUACUCGUGCCUGUCUCCUCUCCUACGCUGAGGGUCUGAUCGUUCUCACCCCUGCAGAGGCAGCUUGGGGAAAAGUGAGGAGCUGGCGUGGAAUUCCAGGAAGCCUCUGCACACGGGGAAGCAGCGGGCAGGAGUGUGGGUGACAUGCUCCUCCGUGUGCUCCGCUGCGCCCUCCCAGCUGUUCCCUUUGAUGGAGUAGCCACAGCACUUUAUUCUAGGCUGUUGUCACACGGUGGGGGAUGAACCCUCUCUCAGGGCAGAGCUAUGCCCCUCCAGCCCAGGCAGCUCCCAGGGGUACCCUCUGCUCCUGCGUGGGUCCUCCUGUGCCUGCUGCUGGUGGGUACAGCGGAUUCCCGCCAGGAAGCCUUUGCACAAGUCAGACACCAUGUAAAUAAAACCCCCUCCAAGGCUGAAGACCAAGUGGGGUCUCAGAGCUGUGGACAGAACGUGGAAGUCUACGGACUCAGUCGAUCCUUGGUCAUGUGGUGGGAGUGACCUUGAGUCCUAGGGACCAGCCCGGCAAGGCCAGACAGUCAGCCCUGUCACAGGCCACUCCUUUCCCUGGCUAUAGUGCAAAAUCUCACUUAAAAACAAAGAGAAUUGGGGCAGCCACAGUGACCGCGUGUUCCUGUGUGACCUAGUCACCAGGUAAUACAUUUUAAAGGUUAGUUGACUUAUGAGUCGGUUACAGAAGAAGGAGCACAUGUCUUUGAUGUUUACCUGCUCCUUUACCUUCCGCCGUGCCCCCCACUCCUUCCUGCAGGUGAGGCUCCACCUGGCCUCGUCCUAGUCGACCUAAAGGACAUCUCCAUGCUGCCUGCAGCGCACAUCUGCGGGGGAGGAUUUCGCUCAGCAUUUGCUCUUCUGAACAGGGUUUCACUAUAAUCUCAGUUUCUGGUUUUUUUUUUUGAGACCCUUCUUGCUGUCUCCCAGGCUGAAGUGUGAUGGUGCAGUCAUAGCUCACCGCAGCCCCCAACUCCUGGGCUCGAGCAAUCCUCCUGCACAGCUGGGACUGUGGGUGCACACCGCCAUGCCUGGCUGAUUUUUAAAUUCCUUGCAGCGAUGAAGUCUCGCUUGUUGCCCAGGCUGGUCUACAACUCACGCGCUCAAGUGACCCUCUUGCCUUGGCGUCCCAAAGCGCUGGUGUUAGAGGUGUGAGCCACAGGCCCCGCCUCAAUCUCACUCUUCAAGGGCGUUCUUCUUAGAUGUAGAGUCUGGGUUGCCAGUUUUUGUUGCUCAGUAGUUUAAAGAUGGGGCUCCGUUGUUUCUGAUGAGAAGUCGGGGUUGUUCUUGUCCCUGCUUCUUUGUAUGGAAAGUGUCUUCCGGCCGCUGCUUCUGAUACUUUCGGUUUUCAUCCCUUUAUUGCCGCCUGGACGUGCUUUUCUUUAUAGUCAUCCUACUGGGGGUUUUCUGAGAUUCCUGUAUGUGUAAGUUGUUUUUUUGAAUUCAAAUUCGGCAUAUUUAAACAUUUUGACUAUUGUACUUUUCAGUUCUAGGAUUCCCAUUUACAGAAAUAGCUUCAGUUCUCUACUGAGAUUCCGUUUAUCCAUUCAUGAAGACGGCGCUUUCCUCUAAUUAUCUGAGCGUGGUUUCCUUGGAGUUUCGGGCAUGCUUGUAAAGCCGCUUGCAGUCCUCGGGCGCCAGGCCCAACAGCGGCACCAUCUUUGUUUUCCUUUCUGUUUUUAGCAGUGAAUUACAUUUUCCUAUAUCUUUUGAUAUCUGAUGAUAUUUUCUGAUACAGGGUCUUGCUCUGUUGUCCUGUCUGGAGUGCAGUGGUGUGAUCAUAGCUCAUUGAAGCCCCUACCAUCCAGGCUCAGUAGGUCUUCCCGCCUCAACUUACCUAGUAGCUGGGACCACAAGCAUGCACCACCAUGUCUGGCUAAUUUUCAAACAUUGUUUUGUAGGGACAGAGUCUUACUGUGUUGCCCAGGCUGGUCUCAAACUCGUGGCCGCCCAGAGUGCUGGGAUUGCAGGCGUGAACAGCUGUGCCUGGCCAAUAUCCGAUGACUUUGAUUGCACGUGAGCUGUUAUCAUAAUGCAUUUACAGACUCUGAGCUCCGUUGUGUUUCUGAGUUUUGUUCCAGCCGUCAGUUACAGGAGGAUGACCUUGACCUUGUGCAGUGUUUGCUGGACACUUUGCUGGUGGAUCUCUGAGAAGUGUCUACAACUUGGAACACUUAUAUCUCGGUGGGACUCACCUUCCACACUGCCUUCCCUAAAACUCCUGUUCUGGGUUGGUUUCGGCUUUGCUUGGCCUGGCCUGGGCGGGUCUCACUCCAGUCUGUGGUCCUUACUCAUUUGGUGCUGGGCUGUAGGGGGUCUGGGCUGGAUGUUGGUGGCGGGGAGGCUGAAGCGAGUGCUCCACUCUCAUUCCUCUGGCAGCUUCUCUCUGGUGAGAAGCUUCUCUCUGGUGAGUCUGCGGUGGCCUUUCCCUGCUAAGGUACAUCCCUGCCCCAUCCCCAGAUUCUCAGCCGACUCUCACAUGGCGGGGCCUGCUCUCCCCACCGACCCUUCCUUCGGCUUCCCUGCUCCUCAGACUCCGGGGCUUUGACUGCCUGGCACCGGCCCCUCCCUCCUCGGCAGCUGUAUUCGGCUGCAACUCCAGCUGCUGUCACUGCCCUUUGGACGCGUGCCCCAGCAGAGAGCUGGGGGGUGGGAGUUCCUUCUUCCUCCUGUUUCUGCUCUCAGGAAUCACAGUCUGCACGGCUGGUUGACCGCUGCCUGAAACGAGCGUCUCGUAAAUCUCAGCUGUGCGGCUGAUGGAGGGGCCAGCUCUGCACACUCCCGGCGGCAGGGGUCCCAGUAGGGUUACGUUGUCUGUGUUCACCUCUGGUCUCUUCCCCAAAGUUUCUGCUUGAUGCGACAGAAGCUGUGGUUUGAGGAGGUCCUCUGGGAACCGGUCAUGUCUGCUUCAGUGUAGGACUAAUGAAGGGAGGCAGGGAUCAGUCAGCUGGGUCUAAAUCUGCAUGUGCGUCACUAAUAAAUUUGGGCAGCUUUCCAAAUGGAACAAGUGCUUGAGGAAGGUGCAAUUAGUUAUGAAACUAAUGGCCAAGUAAGAAACAUGAGCAUCUACAACAGAAAACUGAGUUCCAGGAAACACCCUUGAGGAAGAAAAAACAAGGAAGACAGCUGCGCUUCUGUGCCAGGGGGAUGCCUGGGUCCAGGUAUAAAGGCUGCCUGGGGAAGCCAUUGCCAGACAUCACUGCCCUCUGCCUCGACCUUAUCCAGCCACACGCCACCAUGUGCCACACCAGCUGCUCCUCAGGCUGCCAGCCAGCCUGCUGUUUGCCCAGCUCCUGCCAGGCAUCCUGCUGUGUGCCCGUGGGCUGCCAGUCCUUCGUGUGUGUGCCCAUGAGCUUCAAGCCAGCCCUGUGUGUGCCUGUGAGGUGCCAGUCCUCUGUGUCUGUGCCUGUGAGCUGCAGGCCCAUUGUGUGUGUGGCCCCCUCCUGCCAGCCCUCUGGGUGCUGCCAGCCCUCCUGCACCAGCGUCCUCUGCAGACCCAUCUCCUGCAGCAUCCCUUCCUGCUGCUGACCACGAGUGUGCAGACCUGCUGCUCCCAGUGCAGACGGGGCCACACCCGUACCCUCCCCGGACGAGUCCUCAGUUGUUCUUCUGCACUUGGGGCUGGUGAAAAGCAUGCUCAGUGAACCCUCUGAAUUCUGGGUUGAGAAUGUGACAGAAUGAUCUGGAGCCCUCGCUGACCCUGCACAUCCCUCCAGGGCAGUCUGGGAUCCCCGAGUCAUUCUCUGACCCCCGGAGAGCCAAAUAAACCAGCUUUCCCCACACA